AUGGCCAUGAAGAUAUUUCAGGCUUCCUGGAACGAGUAUCUUACCCCUCUGAGCAUCGCGACGCGCACUACCCGCGAAGCUUACGCCAAGCAUGAGCCACGAUUGACGGCCAUCACACCACGAGGUUCAAAGCCUCGCCUGGGGGCCACGCGGUCUGUGACUCGGGAGCCAGUAGAAGAGGGGGCAGUUCCGCUGUUUCACAAGCCCCAGAUGCGUACAGAAAAUAGCUGA